AUGUUUUUUAUCCUUUCAUCACAUUCUUUUUCAUUUCCUGAAACAUGCUAUUUCCACCCAUCAUUCCCAGCUCCUGUCCCUAACAUGACAUUGCGCCAUGUUGAAUUAAUGACGAGACAUGGAGAAAGAACUCCACACGGCUCUUACGAAUUAUUGAAACCAAAAGACGAUUGGGUUUGUGAUUCAGAUGAUGCUAUCUCGGGAUACAUUGAUGCUUCUCCAGAAACACAUUACAGAAGAUACAGACAAGUUCAAGAUCCCCGCUUUGUAGAAAUCGGAACAAACUGCAGAGUUGGUGAUCUAACAACCAAUGGAAUGAAACAACACUUCAAUUUAGGACAAGCAGCAAGAAAACACUAUGUUUCUGAUUUGAAGUUCCUUCCUGAAUAUAUGGAUCCUUCUCAGUUUACAUUCAUCGCCUCUCCUUACGAACGAACUGUUAAGAGUGCCCAAUCAUUCCUAACAGGUUUGUAUCCUCCUUUGAGCGACAAUGAAGUUUUAAAUAUCCAAACCCCAACAGAAUCAUUUAAUUCAUUAAUUCCAGGCUCUUGCAGUGAGUCAGAUAAGGCUCAAACAGAAUUUGCUCAACUAAAUUCAACAAAAGAAUACGUCAAUACGAAUUGGGAGCCAUUGAAGGAAAUUGCAGCUAAAGGUAAAAUCAAAAAGAGUUUCAACAAGCUUUACAGUAUCUGUGACUGGAUUGUUGCUCAAAAAUGCGGUCAAUCAAAUCUUCCUGACUUUUUCACCGACGAAAUCUUUGAACACUGCCAGAAAGUUGAAUCAUUUUAUACAUUCGACAUAUACGCAUAUAAGCGCGAGCUCGCAAUCUCUCCAACUCUUAGACAAAUCUUCAAAGUUACCGAUCAAAUCAUCAGUGGACAAUCGGAGAUCAAAUUUGUACUCUUCAGCUCACAUGAUUUAACAAUCGGUGCUUUCAUGGGCUUCUUAGGCAUCAAAAAAGAAAUUGGACCGCCAUACGCUUCUGCCUUCUUAAUGGAGCUUUACCAGGAUCAAAUUGGCGAUAUGUACAUAAGGUUUAUCUAUAAUGGAGAACCUCUUACUCUUCCUGACUUCGGAGCUGAACUUAUCAGAUAUGAUAGGUUCAGAAGUUGGGCAGAACCACUUAUUCAACAUUGCUUCGCCACACGAGUUUAA